AUGGCUGGUCUGGCGAUCUCCUUUAACGAGCCAGCAGGUGAAAUGAAGCAGAAGCAUUGCAGUCGCUCAGUUUACAAAGCGACGCUUGCUUCGAGGUCCACAAGAACGACGUUCGCUGCGCUAGGUGUUACUCUGAGCCCCAAGAAAACAUCCAGGCUUCCUACUUUCUGUUGUGGCACUAAAGUAAUUGCGACAAGCACUCACACACGCCGUAUCUGCCCGUCGGAAUGGACAUCCGGUGGACUGCAAUAUGGAAUUAGACCCUGCGCCGGAGGGAGGAAGGAGCACAGGAGCCCUAGCCAUCUACGGAACGACGAGUCAAUGGGAAAUGGCGUCACCAAUGCUACAGGUGCACCCAUUGUGGAUGACACUACAGCUGCGCUGGAGCUGCUUGACAAUGAGUCAAACAAGGAGAAUGAGCCCGAGGAACCAGCCAGAGAAGCUACAAGCCAGGGGUACCCAUAGACAGGACGGCACUCCUCGAGAGAAGAUUAGCUUUGGAAGAUGCAGUGAGGAUUGCUUUGCUCAGGUAGGAGCAUAAGAUGCGAAUACGCAUCAUGGAGGACGAACACAGAGACAACUUGCAAAAAAGGAAUGAAGAACAUAAGUUCUAAAUGGAAAUAUUUAAUGUUCAGAAACAAGUAUAGCUAGCGAAAUUGAUUGCGAUGAAUA